GUCUACUCCGAAAAUCACUCCUUUUCCAAUCAGGAGAGCACGGCUCAUUGACGUGAAGACUUUCCAUUACUCCGGCGAGGUGCUGGAGACGUUGUCGAGUUCUUCGUCCUCUCUAGACCCAAGAUGGCAUCACCAGACGGAGCUUUGGACCCAUCAGUUAUUUCCGGGCACAUCAAUGGAAUUGAACAUCUCAAUGAAACUAAUUUUCCUUCCUGGAAGGAGCAUAUUCUGAAUGCCCUUGUGAUCAUGGACCUUGACUGUGCACUUAGAGAAAAGGCUCCUAUUCCUCCGCCUUCUGAUGAUGAAAGCCUUCUUGAGAAAAGUAAGGUUUAUGAGGCUAAUAUGGAGAAAUGGGAGCGCUCCAACCGCAUGGCUAUCAAGCUCAUGAAAAGCACAAUAAAUCAUGGGAUCAGGGGAGCAAUUCCUGACUUUGUGUGUGCUGAAACUUACCUGGCAUUAGUGGAGGAGCAAUUCAAAAACUCCUCAAAAGCACAUGCUAGCACGCUGAUCAUGGAAAUACUCACCACUAAGUAUGAUGGUGUAAGCGGCAUUAGAAGGCAUACCAUAACUAUGAACGAUAUGGCCGCGAAAUUAGAGGGCAUCUGCAUUGAGAUUUCUGAGGGCCUUUUGGUAGACUUCAUUAUGAAUUCCCUUCCUGUGGAGUAUGGUCCAUUUAGGAUCAAUUAUAACACACGUAAGGAGAAGUGGACCAUGAGUGAGCUCAUACAUAUGUGUGUUCAAGAAGAAGAACAUCUCAUGGGCAUCUUAUGAAAGAGUUGGGCUCAAAGGCUUGCUAAUAAGGGGAUUCCAUUCUGUGAGGACACUCCAAAAGGAUGGAUUCAAGUCUUAUCUAUCUAUCUAUCUAUCUAUCUAUAUCUAUCUAUCUAUACCUAUAUCUAAUUACAGACUCUCAUUAAGUAAGAGACAUGAUACUGUCAUUUAAGACAUAUCGAAAUGAUGAUACUGUCAUUUAAGACAUAUUUCGAAGGGGAGAAAUGAACACUCUCAUUAAGUAAGAGGCACAUUCCUUUCAUCUACUUGGCUUAUGUGAUUUAGGUUAAACUAUUAGUUACA